AUGUCCUACUACUUCACCAUCCUCUCCCCCACCGACGUCCCCCUCUUCAACCUCGCCUUCGGCACCUCCAAGAGCGGCGGCGAUGGCAUCGCGCGCUUCCGUUUCCCCGAUACAGCGCAGUACAUGAACCAGUUCAUCAUCCACUCGAGUCUGGACAUCCUGGAGGAGGCGCAGUGGAUGAACGGGAAUAUGUACCUCAAACACAUCGACACCUACCCGCCCUCGAGCGCCUACAUAACCGCCUUCCUGACCCCCUCCGGCGCGCGCUUCCUCCUCCUGCACCAACCACCCCAACUCCCCUCCUCAACCAGCGGUUCCGCCCCUGGAACCUCCUCCUCCCUGCUGGGCUCCUCAUUCUCCUCGUCCGCCCUCGGCGGCGGCUCCUCGUCCCGCGCCUCGGCCUCCAGCAUCGCUGCGAACCCGACGUCGCCGCAGACGGAGGAGGCCGUGCGCCAGUUCAUGACGGAGGUGUAUGAGAACUACGUCAAGACGGUCAUGAGUCCGUUUUAUCGGCAGGGGGGGGAGAUUAAGAGUUCGGUGUUCAGGGGGAGGGUGGUCGGGGCGGGGAGGAAGUGGCUUUAG